AGACACACGACAUAAAAAUCCAUAGCAGAUAUAUGUCGAACACGAGUGCGAGAAAAAGUAUAUGGAGGUACCUUAUGGUUGUACCAUCAUAUCUUGGGAAGGCAAAACAUGAUCAGAUAAGAGCUAAAGCGAUAGAAAACACGUCGAACUAGGAGUUAUCUACCCUGUUUCGGUCAUCAACUGCCUGAACGUUGUGGCUUUCUGCUUUUCUUCCUUUUUUUCUACACUGCAACUUCCAUUGCUCCAUCUAUAUAUCCGUCUCGGAAACAUCUCAUUCCUUAAUCAAAGAAUCUCUCGCUCUCCCCGUGUCUACAGUGCAAAUGUCUCAAGCGUUCAGCAGGUCCCCUAAGCACUGUGCAGAGCAGCAAGGAAUCAAGAACUUCACCAUUAACAACCUCCCCAAGAAGCUCUUCUUUGCCUUCUCCGCCUUCUUCACUUCCGUCCUCGCCCUCAUCUUCCUCAUCUACAUCAUCCUCCACCCUGCCAAGCCCCAGUUCUCCCUCUGCCAAGCCGACCUCUACAAACUCGACCUCACCUUGGGCCCCGCCCACUUCCUCAACUCCUCCAUCCAACUCACCCUCCAGUCUAAGAACCCCAAUACCAAGGUUGGAAUAUACUACGACGAGCUCCAGGCCUACGCGUCCUACAAAGGUCAGCAGAUAACUGUUGACUCCCCUAUCCCUCCUUUCUACCAAGGGCAUGGGGAGAGCAACACGCUGAGUGCUUCCUUGGCGGGGAGUGAAUUACCAGUGGGCCCAUCGUUUGGUUACGAGGUCGGGAAGGAUCAGACUGCCGGGAAGUUGGUGCUGAACCUUAAGGUGAACGGGAGGAUCCGUUGGAAGGUUGGUAUGUGGGUGUCUGCAAGAUACCGACUUAACGUCGACUGUAUCACUGUCAUGGCUUUUGGAGCUCAGGUCCUGACCACAGGACCAUUCAGCUCAAAUCAGGGCAGUCGGUGUUCGACCAGUGUGUGAACCAGUGCUGUAUAUUACAUGCCUCGACGCUGAUAUGGUCAAGCCCGCAACUACUCUAAAAAGUGACAAGUUUAAUGAAACCUUUCUUUCUUUCUGCUGUUGUUGCGUCUACUAAUAUUAUCAGACAUGAAUGGACAAGAAAGUGUAUGUCCAGUAAGAUAAUGAUAUCAAUUUCUGCUUCUGAGAUGGGUUUCUUUAUCAGA